AUGGGGCCUCUCAAAUCUCCCUUCUUGUCCCCCUCUGGCCCCAGGCCAACUUCCCCUGCAAGCAGAAGGCCACCGCCGCCCGGCCAUCGUCAUCACCGUCUGCCGCCGCCCCCUCCGCUGCCGCCUCCGCCCCCGCUCCCUCUGCCGCCGCCGCCACCCCUUCCCUCGUCUUCCCUGCCAUUGCCGCCUCCAUGCCCCCCAGCCGAUGCCCUCCAGAUGCCGCCGUCACCUCCUCUGCCCCCGCCGCCGCCGCUACCCCCCGUCACCUCUCAUCUGUCCCGUCUCUCGUCGUCUCCGCCAUUGCCGCCUCCACGGCGUACCCUCCGGAAGCCGGCGCGCCGUCGGACUCCGCCGGUGGGGGGAGCCUCCUCGGCCUCCGGCCUCCCCACCAUCGUGCUGGCCCUCGCUUGUACUGCCCCUGCCAAGCGGGCGAGAGAGGGGCAUUCUGUCGAACAACUGGCGCCCGCGCGUGGGUCUCCGAAGACCCUGCCCGCCUGCGACACCGCGCCCGGUGAGGAGCUCGCCGGCGUCCCUCUGGAGCUGCUCCCGCCCAAGAAGAGGCUCGUGCGGUGCCUCCCAUACGAGGCGGCCUCUACGAUCCAGGAGAUCGCCAGCCACGGCCGCGGCGACGGGUUCGGGGAUCGGCCCGCCUCUCCCACCGUGGAAGGCGACGGCAACGCCGACGGGUUCGGGAAUCGGCCCGUCUCUCCCACCGUGGAAGGCGACGGCAACGGCGACUGGUUCGGGAAUCGGUCCGUCUCUCCCACCGUCGACGGCGACGGCGACGGCGAGGGGUUCGGGAAUCGGCCCGUCUCUCUUACCGAGGAAGGCGAGUGGGACGGCCACAGCGACGGCGAGGUGUUCGGGAAUCGGCCCGUCCCUCUCGCCGUGGACAGCGACGGCGGCGGCAUCCACGGGGAGGAGCCUCAGGUCUACCGGGACGACGACGGACUGCGCGCCGAGCUUAACCGCCUCCACGUCCCCCGGCCGUCGCUGGUGCUGACGAAGCGGCUGACCCUCUCGGACCGCAGCCGCGAGAAGGCCCGCCUCGUCCUCCCGGACGGCCUGGUGAGGGCCUCGCCGCUGCUCAGCACGAUGACGCCGGGGGAGCGGCACAUGGUCCUGGCCGGCGGCGGGCUGGCUGUGCCGUCGUUCGACCGCCUGGGCCGACCGUACCACAUGAUGCUGAAGCGCGACCGCCUCGCCCGCACGUACCGCCUGACGGGCGAGUGGUCCCUGUUCCUGUCGCGGCACGGCGGCAUGCGUGACGGGGACGCGGUGGAGGUGUUCGCCUUCCGGCCGCCCGGAUGGCAGGCGCGCCUGGGCAGGUCCGGCCAGGGCGGGCUCGGCAUGGCGCUGCUCCACUGCCGGCGCUCGCGCGCGGCCCCGGCGCCGGCCAACGCGGCGGACUGGGACGGCUGGGGCUGCGACGCGGCAGACGACGGCCUGGUGCUUCCCGACGAAAACCCUGCGAGGCGGGAAAGGCUGGCCCGGCGGCGAGGUCGACCUGUGAAUCACAACGGCCCCUUUCGUCCUUCCUAG